UCCGAGCGAAGACACAACUCUCGGCCGAAGCAAGCUUUGUUCUUCCACUAUGUAAAAGGCGAGAAAACCCACCACCCCCUGAACUGUAACAAAGCUCGUCACCUCGACCAUCACCACCGCCACCAAGGCCACAACAAUGAGUGGAUUCCACCCAUUCGAUCUGCGUGACCCCAUCCCCCCUACCCUCUCUUACCUCGAAUCCUCCCUCUUCACCUUCCCUCCCCGCUUGUCACUGGCGCCGGCGCUGGUGGAGGAGCUCGACCACUAUCACUACCUAGGGUUCACUCUGGACCCACUAAACCCCACGUCGUUGCCACCGUUCGGUUUCCCGCCCCAAUGCCUCCUUCGCGCCCCUUCGAUCGCGCGCCUCGACCUCCUCGCCGUGAAUGAUCCCUUUGGCUUCGAGCGCUCCGCCAUCGCCUCAUUAAAAGGGCUUCGACAGCGGGCGGAGACGGAGCUCUGCCUCCGGGACCUUAGCGAUCGUGUCGCCUCGCUGGAGUUUGGGCUUGGCCGGGCCCGAAGCCAGGAUGUCGACCGCAAGUACACGUGGACGGCGGAGUUCAGCGGGCCUAAAGGGCUCGGGCUCGACCGAAAGCACAGGUGGACGGCCACGGCCAAGGCGGGCGGAGAGAGGGCGGUGAAGUGUGCGGUGGAGAUCAAGGGCGUGGAGGAGGAGGAGGGGUUCGAUCGGAAGUUCGUGUGGGCGACGGAGGCGAACGGGGUAGGCAAGAGGUACGAGAAGUGGACGGCGGAGUUCAAGGGGAAGGAAAAGCUCUCACCGCUGAGCCACACGUACACGUGGGCCGCGUCGGCAAAGCCUCGUGAGGAGGAGGAAGGUCAGGAGAAGGCGGCAGUGAACAAGGAGAAGAAGAAGAAGGGGAAAACAGAGAAGCAAGGAACCGUCCAUGUGGUGGAGAUCGAAGUGAAGAAUCCUGGAGUCGUUGCCAUCAGAAAGGCUUUUACCAAGAGAUGCAAUAAGGGGAAGAAGAAGAAGGAGCUAUCACCACAAGAUGCUGCAUUGUUAAUCCAAAUGACUUUUAGGUCUUACUUGGCCCGCCGCUCUCAGAUUCUUCGCUGCCUUCGAGAGCUGGCUGUGGCCAAAGCCAGAUUGAAGGAGAUCAGGGCUAUAUUCUAUAAUUUCUCUUACCGUAAACGUGUAGCAAAUGAUGCAGAAGAACGCCAAAGAUUCUCUGAGAAAAUUAUUGUUCUUCUCUUGACUGUAGAAGCUGUUGAGUUGUAGGGUAAGAUUCCAAUAGAAUGAUUGGUUUGUUGCUAUAAGGAUUUCCCAAUUUCUGGUGUCAUCUUGGUGGGUAAGAUGGCAACUGUGGUAUAUUAUUUGGUUCUGUUUGAUGCCUUGAGAGAUCGGUAAGCUACAAUAAUUUGAGUUUUCCAAAUUUGCAAAUUAUUGGAGUAUCUGGUAAAAUUUUGUAAUAUUUUGCAUUUUAAAUGGUAUCCUUGAGUAUAUACAUUUAUUACCAUCUGAAAGCUGAUGCUUCAUGUGAUAAAUUGGUCCUCCAAAACACUUGGAACCUACUAUAGAUGUUAAAUACUCUAGACCUAGUACUUCUUGGAAGUUCUAUAGUGCAAAUACUUCCAUUCAAGAGGUCAUGGUUUUAUGAUGUUAUAUCAUCUGAUUAUGCUGUCGCAAUAAAUACAUCCAUCCCAGUUUUUAGGGCAGCUAACAGAUCAGACAUGAGUCAGCAUUUGUGUUCAGAGGGCACGCAGGGUGACUUGGAUACAAGAAGCAUCAUGCCUUGCUUUGGUCAUUUAACAGGCUUGAUUUCACCAAAUAUUGAUAGCGCAUAUAUUAUAUAGAGUAGACAAUCCAUUUGUAUGUUGCAUGAGUCAGGUCGUUGAUGCAGAUGGCAGGGAUGAGAGGAGAGGAACAGUUACCAUAACCAGAUCAAGUGGAAUGAGAGUGAUAUGGUCCCCUGAACCAGAUUAGAUCAGGCAGGUGGAUGGAGAGCAUAUAUUGCACCAACAGAUCAGAGGCCAAAGGAUGGACAUAUUCUGACGUCAAAUCCUGAACUUA